UUGCAAUCUCUGGGUAAUUCUCCCCUUAAUCACUAUACUAUAGUGCAUUCGCCAUUUUCUAGUGCUGUCCGAAUCCAGUGCAAUCGGAAUUUCCCAGAAGUCUUUGCGAAAAACUAGCGCGCAUUGAUGGCGACUACUAGAUUAGGGACUAUAGACCACAAUGCAUUGCGGUCCAACAAAUUCGAGCAAAAAAAAAAGUGUUUUAAUGUAAUAUAUGAAUAAACCAUCCACAUUUUCACCAUCAGAACACAGUGGAGUCAUAAAUAAAUGUUGUGGAACGUUCGUAUUUAUUUGAUUUUACUUCGUGAAAUCGGUGACGUCACGUUUUUUUUUUUUUUUUAUAUAUAUUCAGUGUUUAGAAAAAGGAAAGAAAAGUAGUGAGAAUCAUGUCCUAAUUACCUUUAACACUAUAUAGUCCCGCACUAUAUAUAUAUAUAUAUAUAUAUAUAUAUAUAUAUAUUAGUAGUUAGGGGGGACUCGGACACACACACCGACUCAAAUGAUUCGAUUCACUUUGGGGAGUGACUCAUUAAAACUCUAGUUAGUAAAAUGAAUCAAGUUUACCAUGAGCGCCGUCGCAGAUUGAUGAGGACCCGGCAGUAAGAGGUUAACAGGAGGGAGGUCACUGCUGCUGUUUGGACAGACACUGAUAGGUCACCGCUCGGUGGUCUGCUCCGCCGCUCUCAUCCGUCAAGUAACGGCUCAGUCUCCGCCUCCGAGAUGCACUGAUUUGACUCGCUUUCGCGCUGAGGAACACGCUUCUCUGGAUUUGUCCGACCAUGGCUGAGACGACGAGCCCCCUUCGGUUGGUUUGACCGCCGUGCGUGAACGCGUGGAGCGGGGGAAGUUUGGAGGAGGUCGCUUCGACUUCCCGAAGGCUAACCGACACGGAGUCAACGACAGACUGGAGCGUCUGGCACAGGACCAAGUCAGACCAACCGGCCCUCCUCUUUUUCCCAAAGUGACAACAAAAAAACCCACCCCUAGCCCUGCACCCUGCAUUAGUAAUGAUAUUAAAAGGGGCCAACAGCUGGUGAACUCGUCUUUAACAUCUUCAAACAGCUUGGACAGUACAUAUCCAGUGUUUAAAUGAGUUUGUGUGUAACUUGGCCUGCGUGUCCCUGGAGAGAAACAACGAAGGAGUUUUGUUACAGUCCCUGACAGGCCUUAUGCAUGUUUCAUCUGCUGCUCUUAGAACAGAACCCCUUUUGUUAUCUAAUCUGCUGAAGCCCUCUUCUGUCCAGCCUGAGUGGCUGACUUUACCGCCUCAAGACAGGACUUCACAGACUGUCUGCCAGCGGCUGAACUGAUCCGUAUUCAGCAACAGCUGAGGAGAAGCAGGAGGACUUGGACAAGCUUAGGAUCUCUGGAUUUAUUUCCUUUUUUGCCCAGGGAAGUCUUCAGUGUCCAACGGGCCAACUGAGUGGCCUUAUCGCUUUCCUUCUUGACCUUUUUUAAUUCUAAGCAAUAAAAUUGGUGUCUAGGAAUUUGUAAAGCAAACGAUUUUAUACUUUAGGAGCUAAGUUCAUGUUGAACAAACUUAAGGGCCAUGGGUGACACUCUGAGGCCUCCGUCACUCCAGGUGAGUGUGCCGCAAGACGCUCCAGCAUACUCUGAUGGAGGUAACCACCCUGUGUCAGAUGGCUGUGUCCGAUCCAGCUCCUCCACUCCAACGCUUCGCCGAAAGCGCUUCAAAAUGCGUCGGAUGAGGAACGUGCCCAGUGAAAGGGAGCUUGAACGCGCACGGAUUGCUAACGCCCACCUGACGGCCAGAUCUCGCUCCAGCUCCAAGGAGUACCUUCAGCUUCCGUCCAUUGAAAUCACGCCGUCCAGCGACGAAGACGCAGCGUCUUCCUGGUCGAGCUGCUCCACUCCAAGCGCGUCACCUCGCCGCAGGCGUUUCCUGUUGAGGAGAUGGUUAAAGGUCAGAGAGAAGAAAGAGCAAGGCAGUGAGAGCAGCAGUCAGCAAAGCAGCCUGCAGAGCAGCCUGCAGAGCAGCCAUGAAGAUGACAACACUCGCUUUUUGUCGCCGUUAAUCCGGGAGGAGAGGUCUGACAGUGCAGCGGAAAAAGUCAGCACUGCCAGUAAUUCAAACAAGAGCACACCUGCCUGCUCACCUGUCCUGCGUAAACGCUCCCGCUCUCCCACCCCGCAGAACCAGGAGGGUGAGAACAUGGUGGAGAAGGGUUCAGACCACUCCUCUGACAAGUCGCCCUCCACGCCCGAGCAGGUCGUCCAGAGAACGUACACGGUGCAGUCGGCACGCAGCGGCGGGAAGAACUCAAAGUCUCACAAGCGACUUUCCAAAAAGAGCCAAAGCUGGUACAAUCAUGAAAGGCAACACAUCCUGAGAGUGCUGAGCCCGACAUACAAGCAGCGCAAUGAGGACUUCAGGAAACUCUUCAAGCAGCUCCCUGACACAGAGAGACUCAUUGUGGACUACUCCUGUGCUCUUCAACGGGACAUCCUCCUGCAGGGAAGACUCUACCUCUCUGAGAACUGGAUCUGUUUCUAUAGCAACAUCUUCCGAUGGGAAACACUGCUAACAGUCAGACUGAAGGACAUCUGCUCCAUGACUAAAGAGAAGACAGCACGCCUCAUUCCCAAUGCCAUCCAGGUCUGCACGGACACGGAGAAGCACUUCUUCACCUCAUUCGGAGCCAGGGACCGGACAUACAUGAUGAUGUUCCGGUUAUGGCAGAAUGCACUACUCGAUAAACCCUUGUGCCCCAAAGAGCUGUGGCACUUUGUCCAUCAGUGCUAUGGCAACGAGCUGGGCCUGACCAGUGACGAUGAGGACUACGUUCCCCCUGAUGACGACUUCAACACCAUGGGGUUUAGCGAGGAGAUUCCAAACGAGGAGAACGAGAUCAACAAUGACAACUUGACAAAGAGCAGUGCAGAGGCCAAGCCUGAGGGGAGCCCUCCUCCGUUGCUCAAGAAGGUCAUCCCAAACAGCGCCAUCCCAAGCCCUGGCAACAAUGACACACCCAUCACAUUUGACCUUCCAGUGGAGGAAUUUGCAGACUGCCUCGCAGACGGAGAGCUGUUGGCUGUUCCUCUACUAGAAGAGGAGAAGAAAGAGACCAGUGGGCCUGAAGGUCCGGUUCCAUCACCAUCCCUGGACCUGAAUGACAAUGAAGAUAUCCCCACUGAGCUCAGCGACUCCUCAGAAACACACGAUGAAGGUGAGGUGCAGGCCUUCCAUGACGAUCUGAACGGCAGGCAGCAUAUCAACGAGGUGUAUCGGAUCAGCGUGGACAAACUCUACGACAUCCUCUUCAACAAGUCUCAAUUUAUGAGCGACUUCAUGGAGCAACGGCGAUUCUCGGGUUAUUACCCCCUACAUUCUUAUGACGUGGUGUACCACCCAUGGAAGAAGGACGAAGCUGGACAUCAGACCAGAGAGAUCAUGUACACCAUCUCUCUGUCCAACCCUCUGGCACCGAAGACAGCUGCAGUCACUGAGACGCAGACUUUGUACAAAGCCAGCCAGGAGAGUGAGUGUUAUAUAAUCGACGCAGAGGUCAUCACGCACGACGUGCCCUACCAUGAUUACUUCUACACUCUCAACCGCUACAUGCUAACACGCGUGGCCAAGAACAAGUGUCGGUUACGGAUAUCAACGGAGCUGCGUUUCAGGAAACAGCCGUGGGGUCUGGUGAAGGGCUUAAUAGAGAAAAACUUUUGGAGUGGACUGGAGGAGAACUUCCGACAUCUUGAAAUGGAGUUGGCCAAGCUGGAGGAGGUCAUGAAUGAGGCCAGCCAGCUCUCUCCAAAGGCCAAGGGGAUAAAGAACUCCACGGUGAGGCGGAAGAAGAGGCCCCUCCCACACAUGCGCAGCCAACAUCUGGACGAAGCCCUGAGUCCUGUUACCACGCCGACAGACGAAGAUGUGAUUCAGAGGAUCAAACAAGUGGCAGGCUCCACACAGACCAGAAGUCCAGAUCACCAUCACAUGCCUGGAGGCCUGGCUCUUUACAGCGUUUCCAAACUGCUGCUCAUCAUCAGCUUUGUGAUCUGUCUCAGUCUGGUUCUGCUGGUGUUCCUCAACAUGAUGCUCUUCUACAAGCUGUGGAUGCUGGAGUACUCGGCACAGUCCUUAACAACCUGGCAAAGUCUUCGGCUUCAGGAGAGUAAACUGCCUCAGACACAGAUGGAGUGGGCUCAGCUGUUGGAGGCGCAGCAGCGUUACCAUGACGCCGAGUUGCAAAAGUGGAGGGAGAUCAUCAAGUCCUCAGUAGUUCUGCUGGACCAGAUGAAAGACUCCUUGCUGAACCUCCAGCGAGGCAUUGGUUUGAGGGACUACAACUCUGAGACGGAGGAGAAGAAAAGUCGAUAUCACUGACAAACCACCCCAUGGCCACAGGGGCAUGCUGUGCAAUAUAGGACCUGUUUUGAUUGUGAACCAGUGUGCAGGGAUCACCAAGGCAGACAGAGGACAGAGGGCAAUGCUGGACCAACCACGACUGGGUCCAAAGAUACAAAGAGAGGUAGUUGACCCUCCUCUAAGGAGGCGGGGGCGGGAUUCAUGCACGCACACAGGGACUGGGGGAUCCCCUCCUUCACUGAGCUGUGUGGCGGUGGUGGGGAGGCACACGACCCGAUCCUGCUCUGCCCCCCGUGACCCCUUCAACUCUCUUUAUUUCCAAGUGCAUCCUACUGUAAGCCGUGCCGGCACGAGAGGGGCAGAGAGAAUGAAGGAAGUACUGCAUGCAUGUAGAAACCCUAGCUCCCCUCAGUCGGUGUCACCGUGGUCCAGUUCCAGUCUAUGUAUGUCUGAAAAAAAUCUCAUCAAAGUCGAAAAGGCUUUUUAAACUCCCUCGACUGUUCGGAACCAAUCGUCCCCUGACGGUCCACACUGCAGUCUCCCCUCAAAGCAUCCAGGGAACUCCCAAACGCGUGCUGCAGCGAGGCGUUGGCCCAUCAGAGCGGUUUCCUUGUCUGAACCUGGCCUGGCAGGGCUGGCUCCCUGCCGGAUCGAUGACACUGACGAGCAGAACCGACGGACUGAUGCGACUAGAGCCCGUCUCUCACCCUGCACACAAGAUCAGUCGGCCCUAACGUAGUCUCUGCCACCAAGCGUGGCAUUAUUCCUCAUCCUUGAAAAAAAGGUGGAAUGUAUCACGGAAAACAACCCCCUCCUGGAUGCAGGGACUCUGCAGCCGGACCAGCAGGGAGACCUGUAUUCUUACAUGUUUCAUCACUAAACUGUGAUUAUAUCUCUUUAAAAUGUUUCAAAUUGGAAAGAACUCUAUCAAUAUAUUUGAAAUAUAUAAGAAUAUUUCACUAUUUAAUAUAUAAUAUAUAUUUCAAAAUAUAUAAACAUUACCUAUAUUUAUUGUUAAUAUGUGUAAAUACAGAAAUUAUCAGAGCUCUAGAGCAGUUAAAGAAUUUCUAACUAAAAAAGUGUUUUCUUCUUAGAAAUGCAUGCCAGAUAUGUCUGUGACAUGUCCAGUGUGCAAGUAUGAUUCCGCAUUGGCGCGGUUAUAUUCGCGCACGUGUGUGUGUGCGUGUGUGUGAGUGAGUGUGAGCGCAAAAAGCACAUGCGUGCAGAUGAGUGUGACAUUUUUACCAUUCCACACAUGUAUGUUUCUCAUGUUUUGAUUUUUUUUUUCUUUUUUUGUGGCUCCUGGAGCCAGACUGCCUUUUUUUUUAUUUGAAAUGCUAAUGGGUGCCGCCUCGCAUCAGUCCCACCAGGUUUACAGCUGAAGAGUUUAGUUCCAAAGCCAUCCUGGGUCUGAAAUAAUCCAGAUUAACCGCGUUUAUUCUGUCAAAAUUUAGAAUUUAGAAAAGUGUCCUGGCGGCAGACAAGAUGGCGGCUGAAAAUCAUUAGCCAGAAGCAGAAAUUUUUAAAAAUUGAUUUUUAGAGUAUUCAUUAAAUGUUCGGCCCGCGACCUAAGGUGGGCAGGGGUUGAUGAUUUGGUUCUGGACUUACUUCCGGCCAACGCUGGGUUCACACCAGAAGCGGAAGCGGCGCGAGACAGAGGCCGCUGCCAUUCGGCGCCCUUGUUAACCUAUAGUGAACUUCACAACAGACGUGAAUCCUCCACGGUCAGAUCACACCAACCAGUGAUUGUUUUGGCGUCUGGUCUAUUUGUUGCGCGAGCGAUCCUUGUCAAACCUGGCAGAAAAUUACACCAAGACACAAGAAAUUCUAGUUAAUUUUCAAAAAAUAAACAAUUUUCACAAUAAAAUGCAGCAAUUGACAAAUGCGAUCAUAUUUUUGUAUCUAAACAGACUAUAACGAUGAAAAUAAACACACAAACAACACACACAGAUCAAUGUUGUGGGCCAACUACGGAGUGGGGGGUUGGGUGUCUGAAAACACAGUCAUUAAGGAGAGAGGCAGAGCAGUUGGCGACAAGUCAAGAUGGACGAUGUCGAGUUAAUUCUAGAAGCUCUAAAUAACCACAGCUGAGCAGAAGCGUCUGUCGACCGUCGCAGAAAAAAAAACACGUCACACUGGUGUGAACUGGAGGUAAGCAGGUUCCACGCGCACACUUCUUCGUAGUGCUUCCGCGUCCGUUGUGAACCCAGCGUAAUUAUUUUCAGCCGCUAUCUUGUCUGCCACCAGGUCCCUUCAAACUAAAUCGUCGAGUACGUGUGUGUUUUCUCUGUUUCUUCCUCCCAGAGUCUAAAAACCUGCGUCCUAGGUUAAUCGAGUCUAAAAUACCCCUAGGUUGAGUAUGUGACAGAUCUCUAACGGACAGGCGACUUGUUCAGGGUAAAACAAUCGCUGAGGUUAGGCUCCAGCAACCCCAUAAGGGAUUCAGCAGAAGCUUUGACUUAACUUUGAACUUGAGGAUUUCAAUGAACACUUUGGAAACAAACUCUUCAUUUCUUUUGAGUUUUAACCCCCUCUUUGAUGGAAAAAAGCAGCUAUUUAUGUUCUCUCUCCUCGGUGGCUGAUGCCACAUCCACGGAGAUACAGAAAGUUAGGGAUGACUCCUCCCACUUUCUUCCAAAUGGUAACUCCCUCCGUUUCAAGUGUUCUUUCUUGGUUGUAGUGAAAGCAUGAGAGUCCAUUUCACACAGUGAACCAAAAGGAAGAAGCAGACUCGGGCCUUCGCACAUUGUUUUCAAUGGAAUGAUUGUCAUGUACUGUAAAUAACGAGGAGGUGCAGAAAAUCACCUCUGAAGUUUUUGUCAACGAGCACUUAAAACAUGAGAGGGAAAGAGAAAAAGGAAGCACUUUAAGGUCGGCUUGAGUUUGAUCAAAAGAAUGUAGAUCCAAAAAUAUAUAUAUAUAUACUUGUUAAUGGAAAUUAUUUUUUGAAUCUGUCUUAAUAAACAGACAAAACAUCUCCAAACUGAAGCGAUAAUGAGCGACACUUUGAGUUUUUAGGCGACGCAGGGAUGAAGGAUUUGAAAAAGGGAAAUGUGACUUCAGUGUGGGUCUGCUGGAGUCCACAGGAAGGGCCACUCGGUCAUGAUAACACACAGAAACCUUAAGACCCGAAUGUGAACGGAGAAACCUUUGACAGGCUUCACUUUCACGACCCCGAUGACCCCGACAGAUUGCUCCGAGGUUGUGCUUCGUGUCUUUUACGGCGCAGGAAUGUCACAUGUUUGGAAAAUGUGACUGAAGUGCUUUAAAGGUUGUUUUUUCUCCCCGUGAUUUUAGCUUUGUUGGUUCUCGUCGGUGAAGACCAAACAAUGACUCGAUUCUUUCCGCUCUCAUCUACGAUCGGACAGAUCUCCACAGUUAUGCAGAUUAUUCCAGAAAUGUUUCUGCCCCAAAGCAGACCUUCAAUCUCUCAAUGCUUUUUGUUUUUAACUUCUCUUUUUUUCAGCCUUUGUGUUUUUUUGGCACACAAUGAACCCAGGUCACACAAAUGAUAUUACUGUUGCUUUGGCUGCUGAGCUGCAGGACCGAGGCGACCCCGGGAGUUUGGGGUUUUAGCAGUGACAACUAACUGAUUGUUUGCUUGGAUGACUAUACCCGUUGGCAUUUGCCUUGCUGUCACAGAGCCAGCGAGACUGCAGUGCCAACCACACAACACAGUGCUAACUAACAGCCUUCAACAACACAAUAGACGUUCAUUCUGAAUCAACCGCAGAUCGAACUCAUAGCAAACGCACAUCUCAAAACUCGCUGGUGUAGCUCCAUUCAAAGAAAAUUCUGCUCUACGUUUUUUUUUCUUUAUCGCUGUGUUUUUGUUUUUGUUUUUUAUUUUAGACCUUGUUUUAUUUCUAGACUUUUAGUGAACUUUAUACACAUGCUGUAAGAUUCUGUUGUGUGUAUCUGCAUUCCACGCACACACUGAUAAAGAACUGAGCCCGCGCUGUGCGCAGGUCCUCACUUGCAGAUGACUUUGCCUCAUAGACACUGAAGAAAGAAGUGGCUUUCUGGUUCAUGUGAAGUAGAGAUUGGAAGUCUGAAUAAAGGAAAAAUAAACAAAA